UAAAGUAUUCUUUGUCACCUGUCAAACGUAUCCUUUGUUUUAAACUCUAAAUGAAUUUUCAUACUGAAUUACAAAUGACUAUUAUAAGCUGUCAAGUUAUCAAAUGUUGGCGAUCACAUGACUUUAUUAUGUAAAAAAGCAUAUAAUGACGACUGUGUUUCAUGGCAUAUUAGCAGCAUAAAUGACCAUAACAAAAAUAGGACCAAUAUAAUCAUUAUAUGCAAUCAGACCACCAGACUCGUUUCCCUCGUCGCUUCUGGACUAAGUCAGCGUCAUCCAAUGAAAUUAUUGUAAUUCGUCACGCUGUUUGAGAUAUGCUAUCAGUAUCAUCAAUGGAUUAUACAUUCUGAUUGUUGGUUUGGGAUCAAGCAUAAUUCCAUUCUGAUGGGGAUUAAGGCAAGUGCAUAAAUGCACGAGAAAUAAUUUGGCAAGCAUCAUUUCAUGCCAAACAAGCUACUUAAAGAACUGGUGAAUGAGUCAGCAAUACAUUUACUUGGAUCAGGACUAAAGCAAUAACGCAACAAUAUGAAGCAUUUGUUCUUGUUAUUCGCAAUAUUGGGAUAUCUGAGUAUGUCAUCGCAUAUUACUGAAGCCAUGCCUAGUGGUAACAUUCAAGUUUCGGCAAUUGGUAUGACGAGAAAAAAUCCUGGAAACAACGAAGUAAAUAAAGUGCCAGAUUUAUCUGGGAAAAAAGUUGGUGCUCCAGAUCAAAACAAAUCUAAGAAAAAUGAGAAGACGACAACAACGAAACGACCAUCGACAAGACGUAUACCUUCAACGCCUUUUUUUAUGCGCAGUUGCGAGUAUUGUUGCGGAUACGCCUUUUUCAGACAUUUGGGAUUUACACAUAGCCAGUCUUGUAUUUUUUCAUGCUGCCCCUCCCUUUGCUCUACUUGCUAGUGGCUCUCUAACCUUCAUAUGUUCUCUUACAAAAGGCACGUAACCUGAAGAGAUUUCUAAUUGUAUUUAGCAGAAAAUUAAUCUUUAAUGCACAAAUUAUAACAAAAGGUGUAAUUC